AUGGCUUGCGCGGAAUCCGAACUCAUCGCAAAAGUGAAGUUUCCUUUGUACUGUGUCGCGGUUUUGAAUGAUCGACACAUCCUUGUCGCCGGUGGUGGGGGUGCCGCGAAUACCGGCGUCAAAAAUGGUGCCGAAAUCUACUCGAUUUCACACAACGGCGUCGUCAGCAAAGCCGAGCUCGUCAAAGAUAUAGACACUGGCAAGGACGCCGUCAUGAACUGCGCUUCUUUCAAGAAUGGCCUCACCACAUACCUUGCCGCUGGAGCUGAAGGUGAAACGCACAUAUUCGCUCUCAAAAGACGCUGGAAAAAAUGCGUGGAUGGCGAACUCAUUCCGGCAUCCACAAAAGAGUUCCCGUCUCAUCCCGAGAUCCGAAGACGCCGAAGUUCAAGCGUCUCUCAGUCACCUAAUCGCAAGCCGUCUGAACGCAGUGAAGAGAAAGUUGAAACGAAAGAUACCGAGAAACCGUCCACACCUUCAAAUUCUGAAGACAUCGUCGGCUAUGAUGUGGAAUGUGUGAAGGUGUUUCAGACCGACUAUGCCGCGGAAAGUUACCAGAAAGUCGUCCGUUCUUUCGCUCCUUCAACACUCAUCACCGGAGGAGUGGACGGAACCAUCCGGGUUUGGAACGCAGAAACUUAUGAGAAAACGCUGGAGAUUUCUCUGAAUGGUAAAGAAAUCGACGAUAUAUCUGUGUCUCUCGACGGGAAAGAACUCGUUUGCGUGCUGAAAGACCAAGUUGCUCCAGUGUUGAGUCUUGCAGAUGGAUCGAGAUUGAACGACGUUGUGUUUAAACCGCAGGAAGACGCUAAAUACUUCUUCAAGCGAGUGAAAUUCGCUCGACAUCAUCUGUUUUCCAUCAACAAUCCUGUAGGGAAGCCAAGAUUGCCAGGAUAUCUCGUGAAAUAUUCUUACCCCAAUUACAAACAAUUGAUCGCGCACAAGUCGAAAGAAACUCUAUCUGCUUUGGCCUUGAGUCAGGAUGAAAAUUUCCUUGCUGUUGGAACCAUGUUCGACGGCAGUGUCGAAAUCUUCAUUGCAUUCAGUUUACAGCUUGUAAAACGUGUUUCGGGUACACACAAAUCGUUCAUCACUGGUCUCGAGUUUUUUCCUGGACUUGAAGCUGCUUACGAUGCGUCAGUAGUGUCCAUAAGCGUUGACAACUCGGUUCAGCUUCAUCACGUGGAAAAACGGAGAGAGAUUCGUUUGCUCCCGGUGUUGAUUAUUGGAAUUCUUGUGAUCGUGGCCACAUUUUGUGGCUGCAAGAUGAAGGAAUCGCUUUUCGUUUCCUUCGGUUUACUGCUGUGUUUAGUGAUACAAAGUAUAGAUUGUCGUGGUGCCAAAAACUUCGAUGUGUUCCGCGGAAAAAGCCGGCGGUCGUCUGGCCGGAAAAGAUUCAUGGAAACGGAUGACCCGAGACCCAACAUAAUCCUCAUGAUCACAGACGACCAAGACGUUGAACUCGGAUCGCUGAAGUUCAUGCCAAAGACGUUAAAGUUGUUGCGAGACGAAGGAUCUGAGUUCUUCAAUUCUUAUGUUACCACACCAAUGUGUUGUCCAUCGAGAAGUUCCAUGUUGACCGGAAUGUAUGCCCAUAAUCACGGUGUUUUGACGAACAAGGAUAACUGUUCUUCUACCAACUGGAUCCGGAAUUUUGAACCCAAGACAUUUGCUCCGUAUCUGAGCAAAGCCGGCUACAGAACAGGGUAUUUUGGGAAAUAUUUGAACAAGUAUGACGGAAAUCGAGUCCCUCCAGGAUGGAAAGAAUGGGUUGGUCUCAUCCACAAUUCCAAAUUUUACAACUACACUGUGAAUGUGAAUGGGAAGAAGGUUUCGCAUGGGUUCAGCUAUGAAGCAGACUACUUCCCCGAUAAAAUUCUCAACGAUUCUGUGCGUUUUUUGAGGCAUUCCAAGCAGGCGUAUCCAGGGAAGCCAGUGUUCAUGGUGAUGAGCUUUCCUGGGCCUCAUGGCCCUGAGGACUCUGCUCCUCAAUACCAGCACAUGUUCUUCAAUGUUACCACGCAUCACACUCCUGCAUAUGAUUACGCACCAAAUCCAGACAAGAUGUGGAUUCUGAGGGAAAUGGAGCCAAUGGAGCCCAUCCACAAGAAAUUUACAGAUUUGCUUAUGACGAAGCGACUGCAGACAUUAUUGUCUGUCGAUGAUGCUGUUGAAAGGAUUGUAAGUGAACUGGCUGGACUCGGCGAGUUGGAGAACACGUACAUAGUUUAUACCUCAGACCAUGGCUACCAUUUAGGACAGUUUGGUCUUGUGAAGGGCAAAUCUUAUCCCUUCGAGUUUGACAUUAAGGUGCCAUUUUUGGUCAGGGGACCUAAUGUUGAACCAGGUGUGAGGGUUCCGAACAUUGUAUUGAACGUUGACUUGGCCCCGACUUUUCUGGACAUUGCUGGUGUCGAAAUCCCUCCGGAAAUGGAUGGGAAAUCUCUUCUUCCUGUUCUGGAGAGGUGA